AUGAAUACCGAGACGUGCACAACCCUCCAACAAGAGUUGAAUAAACUAUUGUAUGGGCUAGGGUGCUCUUAUAGGAACAUACGGACGUCAAACCCAGUUGCCGAGAAGAUACCGCGCGAUAGCUACGCCGACGCCAUCCACCACAGAAACGAGCGUACAUACGUUAUACAAUCGCUAUACCUAGAAGAUGGAGACCUAUUCAUAUAUCACGUAUUGAACCCUGAGGGUGAGCACUGCGAAGCACAAGUGUUCAUAAAAUGUCGCUUACCGGUGCGGUUAUAUCAAGCUCGCAAGAGGAGGAUCCAAAGGUUGAAGCGAUCGGAUAAUCUCAGAGAUAAGUUUGAGAUGAACGAAGCAACCGUAUUAGUCUCUCGUAUUCCGGAUGAAGGCAUCGGUAGGCAUUUAAAUCAUUGUUCGACGAAGCAGGCAAAAGUGUGGCAUGGGCUCUCGAGGGAGUUGUUUCCUCCUUUGCCUUCGCCAGGUGAUUCUCGCGCGGAUGUUCAUAUGGAAGGCUCACAACUUGACCGAGGGUAUCUUUCAUAUGCUGAAGCUGUCUCGCUGCGGAAGGGUCCUAUUUAA